AUGUGUGGUUGUUGGGGAAUUCCCGGUCGAUGUGUAGUUGUCGGAGACUUCAACGCCAGACACUACUCCUGGCAAGCGGGAGAUACGACCGGUCGCGGCAACGACAUCGCGAACUGGGCAUCACAGAACGACUUGUCCCUCCUCAAUCCACCCAACAAGCCGACCAACCUGCACGGCAACACCAUCGAUCUCGCCUUCUCAAACAUUCCUCGUGCGGAGGCCACGGUGGAGGACCACCUGGCCACAAGCUCGGAUCAUUUCACGCUGAGCUUGACCAUCCCAUCCAUGCAUCAACCCCCUCGUCUGCUCGGCAAGAUCCGGGUCACGUCGGACGACGAACUCAAGCGCUUCGCUGAGAUCGUGGAGAUGGAGGCCUCCGCUCUUCCUAUGCAAACAUCCUCCACAGAAGGACUCGAUGCCUUGGCAGCAUCGCUCACAUCCAUGCUGCAAUCAGCGGCCAGCAGGGCCGGGCACCUCACCAGGAAAAGGGCACGGGCCGCGCCAUGGUGGAAUGACAAGUGUGCACUGGCUGCUGCCGAGUAUAGAUCUAUGAGACGCAUCUACCCUCUGGGGUAUGGCAAAGAAGCGCAGCUCGCUAGGAAGCGGCUCCAACGGGUAGUCCGCAAUGCCAAACGCUCGUUCUGGCAAGCACUGGUUGACAACGUGUCAAGCAAUGAAGACAUGUUCAAGAUCACACGAUGGACUAAGGCCCGAAGCCCUUUCCAGCCGCCUCCACUACAUCAAAGCCCUUUCCAGCCGCCCCCACUACAAGUAAACGGCACCAUCUACUAG